AAGGACUAGAGUGUAGGUAUUCCCAAAUAAAUUAAUUAAUGCGCGAUCAAUGUAUUCGAAAAUAGGCUAGUAGCCUAGGCUACCCAACCAAAUAAAUGCCUAAAAAUGCAACCGUUAGCGUGCGUUAUGGACCGUACGAGUCAUGUGGACUAGUGGCAUAUCGCACGUUCCGUCUAGAAGGACUAGAGUCUUCCCUUUUAGCACGCGGGCAUCGCUGCGUCCUCGAGGAGAGCAGAGACUGGAACACGGUGGAGAUCGUGGUGCACGGGGAGUGCGUGUUCACCUGCGGCGUAAAGGACCUGCAGUUCGGUGGAGACGGGAGACUGGAUCCUGUGUGCCAGAAAGCCGUUAUCGCUGUGGAAAAUGCUUACUGACAGCAUUAGUUUCGGGAAUCAAGACCAUGCAUUGUAAUUUUUUUUUUUUUUAAAGUAAAGUAUGUUUUAUAUAGAGUUUUAUAUAUAUUAUAGAUUUUAAAGAAAUAUAAAGGCUUCAGACACAUGGAAUAUGUUUCAGCAUUUAUUGUUAUUUUCAUUCAAGUUGUCAUUCAAUAUGACUACAAAAUAUUUAGAAUUCUACAUUUCUAUAUUUCUUAUUCCAUAAACUUUCCAUCACCUGUACACAACCGUGUCAAUACUUAAACUUAACUUUAAAACACAAUAAACAGAUAGUUUUUAAGCAACUACAAAAAUAUGUAUAGAACUAUACGGUUUGUGCUUCUGUUCAUUCGCAGUGCUGGGGUUUUAGCUUGACAGGAUACGGACGCCAUUUUGAUAAGUUCCGUUCGGCACAACGCUCCGUGCUCUAAGGUUUUCUGACAUGACAACCAUCACACAGACAUACAUGGACAUACAGACAUACACCAUGUGUCCAUCUUUCCCUGCCAGCUGGCUGCUGUCUUCGGGUGUAGACAGGUGUGACUCAAUCCAACACUCAUUCAACAGUCCGACGAGUAGACGAGAACAAAGUAAAGACACAAAUACACUCAAGCAGGAAACCCGCUAGGCGUUUAAAAACAUGUCUUCAUUCAUUCCCAAUGUCAUUCUUGAUGGCAUUGGUCUAUCUACACAACAGCAAACACAACACUUACAAUUAUGAUAUCUAAAGGCUCAACAUCGAGACGUUGUGUGUGCUAAAGUGCCAUCUAUUGGGGAUUGCAUAAAUGUUCUACAAUGAGAAAAAGUUACUUGAAGGAAAGUGGCAGGAAGUUAAAGGAGUAAACCACAUGAAAAACGAAAAAAGGGAACAAAUGAUCGAUGAUUUGUUAAUUAAUUAUUCACCCUUUAUAGCCUCGGAACGCCUUAAGGAAAAUAAAGUGGCAUUCUCAUAAUUAUACCUUUGUAGUUUUUCAUGUGGUGCAUUGCUUAAAUAAUUAUAAAGUGCUGCAUAGACAUCCACUAACUAACCCGUCAAAGUGCUUUGAUAAAUAAACGUGUGCCGACGCCAUAGUCCGCCGUGAGG